AUGGCAAACUUCGACUCUUCCAAAUGGUUUCCAGCCGCAACAGUAGUUCAAUGGCUCUUAAACUACCAUCCAGCAGGGAAAUUCUCCCUGCCAAACUCCGUACUCAAUCUCAAUGGCCGCUUUGCCUGGUGUGUCAUGGAGGUGGUUGGUCCCAUCAAUAUGAUUUACAUACUCUCGACACUUCCGGCACAGGUCAAUUUUUCGUUCACAGAUUUACCUCUGUGGAAUAAACUUGCUGCCGCGCUUUAUGUGAUUCAUUACUUCAAUCGAUCUAUCAUGAACCCCCUCUUUGUUGCGCCUAGUAUCUCGCCCGUCAGGCUGGAAGUAUUCCUGCUGGCUUUUAUUUUCAAUUGGUUCAAUUCUUCGUGUAUUGCUGGGUGGAUUGCGGGAUAUGAUCUCACUCAGAGACUUGGAUAUACGCCUUUACCGGCGUCAUCGACGAUACUUCACCAGUGUCUUCCCUAUAUCGGCUUGGCAACUUUUGCAUAUGGGAUGAUUGGUAAUAUCCGUGCCGAAAGGACACUAUGGUCCCUUCGCCGAGAGGAAGCGCAGCGUCGCGCAUCCAAAAAAUUAGACAGCAAAGAUGGAGAGUGUGAGAAAAACAUCUACCACAAAGUCUACGUUAUUCCUCCCGCAAAAGGGCUAUUCCGAUGGGUUCUCUACCCCCACUAUGCCCUCGAAUGGCUUGAAUGGCUCGGUUUCGUAUUAGUCGGGACAGCUGUAUACCCUGCUCAUGCAUUUUUGCCCGCGAUAUCAAAUCCAGGUUUGCCAGCACCGUCAGUCGCUCCUGCGCCGUGGUUGAGACCAUUUGCUAUGCUUGCUGAGCACUUCCGUCUUCCGUUCCCAGGGCCAGCACUUGUGUUUGUGUUGAAUAAUGUUUUCACUAUGUUGCCUCAGGCACGACGUGGGUGGAGAUGGUAUAAUACCAACUUUGGAAAGGAUGCUGUUGCCGGUCGGAGUGCAGUGAUCCCAGGGGUCCCGUUUCUAUAA